UUCGCUUAAUCGUCGACCGAGGCGGUCGUCGCCACGUUUCACGAAGAUGCCGUCGAUCGAAGUGUUGAUAGGCCUGGUUGCCUUAUUAUUGGCCGUUCGCUACUACGUAACGAGGAACUAUGACUAUUGGAAGAAACGGCGAGUUCCGGGACCGGAGCCCGUCGCGUUGUUCGGGACGAUGAAGGAUGUGCGCCUAAGCAAAGUGCACAUUGCCGAUUACACAAAGUCAGUCUACGAUUCGUAUCCGGAUGAGCCGGCAGUCGGUCUGUUUGCAGGCACCGAGCCAGCGCUGUUGAUCAAAGAUCUUGACAUGAUUAAAGACGCACUCGUCAAGAGCUUCGUGACGUUCCCGGAUCGCGGUGUCAAAAUCCACGUUGACAUCGAGCCGCUCGCGCAGCAUCUGUUAUUCUUGGAAUACGAACGAUGGAAGCCGAUGCGCAGGAAGCUUGCGCCCACGUUCACCUCCGGUAAAUUAAAGGAAAUGUUCUAUUUGGUCAACGAAUGCGCCGACCACUUUGCCGACUAUCUCGAGAAUCUAGCGUCUAAGAACGAGCCAAUUGAAUGCCGCGAGCUUACUGCUAAAUUUACGACUGACGUAAUCGGAGUAUGCGUUUUUGGCUUGAACAUGAAUGCGUUGGCGGACGAGGAUAGCGAGUUUCGAAAAAUUGGUCGACGCAUUUUCGCCGACAGUUGGUUCACUAGGUUGAAGCUUCUGAGCAGAUUUUUACCACACUGGGCCGUAGUUCCAUUCAAAUCGUUUUUACAAGAUGAACAUACCGACAUAUUUUUCAUUAAUACUGUCACAUCCACAAUGGAAUAUAGAAAGAAAAAUAACAUCCGACGACAUGAUUUCAUCGAUCUUCUGAUGGACAUACGCGACCAUCCUGAGCAAGUUGGCGAAGAGGAAAUUUCCGAUGUAAUAUUAACCGCCCAAGCGUUCGUUUUCUUUUUGGCUGGAUUCGAAACGUCGUCAACAACAAUCAGCAACGCCAUGUACGAAUUGGCCUUGAAUCCCGAUAUUCAAGAUAAUUUACGCCAGGAAGUUAAAGUUGCGUUUCAAGAGAACAAUGGAAAAUUGAGUUACGACGUCAUCAAAAAUAUGAAAUAUCUCGAUAAAGUGUUCCGAGAAACCCUUCGUAAAUAUCCACCAGUGGGUAUGUUACAAAGAGAAGCAGUGAGCGAUCACAUAUUUGCCGACAGCAAUAUUUCGAUUACCAAAGGCACGAAGAUAUUCGUUCCUGUCUAUGCUAUACACUACGAUCCAAACAUUUAUCCCGAUCCCAACAAGUUCGACCCAGAGAGAUUUGAAGAAGAUGCCGUUGAAUCGAGACCACACAUGACUUAUUUGCCUUUUGGAGAUGGACCAAGGAUUUGCAUAGGUGAACGAUUCGCGCAUAUUCAAACGAAGUUGGGUCUAGCAACCGUUAUUCGACAUUUCAAACUCGAAGUUUGCGAAAAAACUUGCAAGCAGUAUGAAAAACAAACUGGGCUCAUUCUGAUCGCGCCAAAAAGUGGCUUAUACUUAAGAAUCACGAAGCUUUGAUUGAUAUUUUCUCAUUUAUGGUAUAAUUUAACUAUCAAUUCUUGUAAUAUAAUUUUUGUUAUUUUAUAUGUUAUAAGAUUUUCGUUUGUUUUUAAUUUGUGAUAUCUUAUUAAUAAUUUAACUCGUGAUGUUUUAAUAAAAUUCGUUAAUGAACUAUUAAGUUUUCCAGAAAAAUUUCAAACGCAAUUCAGCACAUCUAUACUAGUUACAUCACGCAUUGGAAAAAUUGCUCGAUCAUGAUUCGCAGUGUUUUACGUGAUUGUUUGGGAGUGUUGUAAGCUUUUAUUCACAAAAAACUCGCAUAAGAAGCAUUAAUCACUCUGUGUGCAAUAACACUGGCAAUUAUAAACAAACUGCAAGAUUGCCUCGAUUGUUUUCAAUUUAUCUGACUGACGGUGAAGUUAUAUUACGUAAAAUUAUCCUCGACAGGUUGUGUUUGAGCUCGCGAUUCAGCCACUUCAGUCGACGACUGCUAUACGUUGUUCGGGAUCUCUUGAUGGGUUGGGUUGGCUUAUCGAUGUCAAUGCUCGAGUGUCGUGUCCUCUCGGCUACCUAGGCUUACCGCCGACUGUUAUCCGCCUCGGCCUCCUAAGUGCGUUCGUUGUCCCUCGAUCGCUCAAUUCGGCAGUGUCCGUAUGAAUGCGCGCUCGUUUUUUCAUUGCUCACUUCGUAUAAAUAUUCCGCAUUUCCUUCGCGUCCCCUCGAGUUUCGCAGUGAAGGUUUUUUCAUUGGCGACUUACCGCGCUCCAAUGUUCGAAUUUGCAAAUGAAAGAACGACUGUCCUCAAUAAACGAUAUAGUUUGUAUUAGACUAAUGCUGCGAACCCUCUGACUACGCGGCACGAGAAUAGAAAAAAGAACAUUUCUACGCGCUGGGAGCAAUAGAUGCAAAUAAACAUCUACAACUCAAGAUUAUAC